ACUUCUGUAGGUUCAUGAAGUAAAUUUAGCUCCUGACUUCAGAGAUGGGUUGAACAAACCGUGCAAGCUGUAACUGUGCUGUUGAAGUUCUAAGCACCUCUUUUAUUGUGGCACCAGAGAUGAAAGACUGAGCACAACUAGGUGUUGAAAAGUCUCCUAGGACUUUGGAAAGCUGAAUGGACUAAACAUGAAGAGCCUGAAAGCGAAGUUCAGGAAGAGUGAUACCAAUGAGUGGAACAAGAACGAUGACCGCCUGCUGCAGGCCGUGGAGAAUGGCGAUGUGGAAAAGGUGGCUUCGCUGCUGGGCAAGAAGGGGGCCAGCGCCACCAAGCACGACAGCGAGGGCAAGACCGCUUUUCAUCUUGCUGCUGCAAAAGGACAUGUGGAAUGUCUCCGGGUCAUGUUUACACAUGGUGUGGAUGUGACUGCCCAAGACAGUACUGGACACAGUGCUUUACACCUUGCUGCCAAGAACGGCCAUCACGAGUGUAUCAGGAAACUUCUUCAGUCUAAAUGCCCAGCUGAAGGUAUUGACAGCUCUGGGAAAACAGCUUUACAUUAUGCAGCGGCGCAGGGCUGCCUUCAAGCUGUGCAGGUCCUCUAUGACCAUAAGAGCCCUGUAAACCUCAAGGAUUUGGAUGGGAAUAUACCACUGCUUCUUGCAGUACAAAAUGGCCAUAGUGAAGUCUGUUGCUUUCUCCUGGAUCACGGAGCAGAUGUCAAUUCCAGGGACAAAAAUGGAAGAACUGCUCUUAUGCUGGCUUGUGAGACUGGCAAAUCUAACAUCGUGGAAGCCUUAAUUAAAAAGUGUGCAGACCUAAAACUUAUAGAUUCUCUUGGACACAAUGCCUUACAUUAUUCCAAACUCUCAGAAAAUGCAGGAAUUCAGACCCUUCUAUUAUCAAAAAUCUCUCAGGAUGCUGAGUUAAAGACCCCAACAAAACCAAAGCAGCAUGAACAAGUCUCUAAAAUAAGCUCAGAAAGAAGUGGAACUCCAAAAAAACGCAAAGCUCCACCACCUCCUAUCAGUCCUACCCAGUUGAGUGAUGUAUCUUCCCCAAGAUCAAUAACUUCUACACCACUUUCGGGAAAAGAAUCACUAUUUUUUGCUGAACCACCCUUUAAGGCUGAGAUUAGUUCUAUACGAGAAAACAAAGACAGACUAAGUGACAGUACUACAGGUGGUGAUAGUUUAUUGGAUAUAAGCUCUGAAGCUGAUCAACAAGAUCUUCUUGUCCUACUGCAAGCAAAAGUUGCUUCCCUUACCUUACACAAUAAGGAGUUACAAGAUAAAUUACAGGCCAAAUCACCCAAGGAUACAGAAGGAGAUCUAAACAUUGGCUCUUUGCAUUCUACUCAGUCUGAUUUGGUGCCUUCCCUGGGCAAACCUAGUGAUGCUGAUCCCCCAGACUCCAAAUCAUCUCCACCUGAUGUAACACAUUUUGCAGACAACAAUAUCAGAAUUCAGCAACUACAAGAAAGUUUGCAAGACUUGCAGAAGAGAUUGGAGAGCUCUGAGACAGAGAGGAAACAGCUACAGAUUGAGCUUCAAAGCCGAAGGACAGAACUAAUGUGCUUGAAUAACACAGAGAUUUCAGAGAAUGGCUCUGACCUCAGUCAGAAACUUAAAGAGACUCAGAGCAAGUAUGAAGAGGCCAUGAAAGAAGUCCUCAGUGUGCAGAAGCAGAUGAAACUGGGUCUCCUAUCACAUGAGAGUGUGGAUAGCUAUCCGUGUCUCCAUGACCUGAGGGUCACUGAUGAGAAAAUAGAUGUGCUAAAGCGAGAUCUACAGAACGCAUUACAAGAAAGUGAAAGAAAUAAAGAGAAAGUAAGAGAGUUAGAGGAAAAACUUGUGGAGAGAGAGAAAGGUGCUGUGAUUAAGCCACCAGCAGAAGAGUAUGAGGAAAUGAAAAGUUCAUAUUGCUCUGUUAUUGAGAAUAUGAAUAAGGAGAAAGUGUUUUUGUUUGAGAAAUACCAAGAGGCCCAAGAAGAAAUAAUGAAAUUGAAAGAUACACUAAAAAUUCAGAUGACACAAGAAGCUAGUGAUGAAGCUGGAGACAUGAAAGAGGCCAUGAACAGGAUGAUAGAUGAACUUAAUAAACAGGUAAGUGAGCUGUCACAGCUGUACAAAGAAGCCCAGGCUGAGCUGGAGGAUUACAGGAAGAGGAAGUCUUUAGAGGAUGUAACAGCUGAAUAUAUUCACAAAGCAGAACAUGAGAAACUGAUGCAAGUGUCAAACGUGUCCAGGGCCAAAGCAGAAGAGGCACUUUCUGAAAUGAAGUCUCAGUAUUCAAAAGUGUUGAAUGAGUUGACCCAACUCAAACAACUGGUAGAUACACAGAAAGAGAACUUUGUGUCUAUCACAGAACAUUUGCAAGUGAUAACCACCCUGAGGACAACUGGGAAAGAGAUGGAAGAAACAAUAGGCAGUCUUAAGGAGCACCUCGCAAGCAAAGAAGUGGAAGUGGCAAAGCUGGAGAAGCAACUUCUAGAGGAGAAAGCCGCCAUGACCGAUGCAAUGGUACCUAGGUCUUCCUAUGAAAAGCUCCAGUCAUCCUUAGAGAGUGAAGUGAGUGUGCUAACGCUGAAACUAAAGGAUUCAGUAAAAGAGAAAGAGAAAGUUCAUGCAGAGGUUGCCCAGCUUCGGAGUGAAGUCGCACAGGUGAAAAGGGACAAGGAAAACAUUCAGGCAUUCUUGAAAUCCAAAGAGGAAGAAGUAAAUGUACUUCUGCAAAAAUUCCAGCAAGCUCAGGAAGAAAUCGCAGAAAUGAAAAGAUAUUCUGAGAGCUCUUCAAAACUGGAGGAAGAUAAAGAUAAAAAGAUAAAUGAGAUGUCAAAGGAAGUCACGAAAUUGAAGGAGGCCCUGAACAGCCUCUCACAGCUCUCCUAUUCAACAAGCUCAUCCAAAAGACAGAGUCAGCAACUGGAAGUGCUGCAGCAGCAGGUCAAACAGCUACAGAACCAGCUGGCUGAAUGCAAGAAACAACACCAGGAAGUCGUAUCAGUUUACAGAAUGCAUCUUCUAUACGCUGUGCAGGGCCAAAUGGAUGAAGAUGUCCAGAAAGUACUGAAACAAAUCCUUACCAUGUGUAAAAAUCAGUCCCAGAAGAAGUAAAGUGGAUUCCUUGGCAGGACACUGCCCCUAUUCUCCAUCUUUGUUGUAGAUCUGGAGUUGGUGGCGACCACUACCAUUGUUCUCAUUUGUGUUAUGCACUGUGACCAGCAUAGCUUCUUUCCUUUCCAAAGUUUCUGGGGAUUGGUCCCGGGCGAAGGCUGUUCUCCACAGAACUGCUUAGAGACUUCAGACCAGCAGAGGUGAUAGUCCCAGUCAUCCUUUCAGAUUCCACAGUUGGGAUUAGGCACAUCUAGAAGUCUGAUCCUGGUGUUGGCAGCUGGCCAUCCUGCUUGGUAUCUGAAUAGCUGGUGGCUUUAUCACUACCAAGUAAUCUGCAGAGGCUACAUGCAGUGAAUGCUGCUUCAGUUCUGCCCUUCAUCUGUGCCAUUCAGUAUAGCAGAGCUUUUUUUGCCUUUGGCUUCAAAUCCCAAAACAUAAUUUAAUUUCUAACCAAAUUACUAAGGCACUAGUUAAAACCCUUUAUCACAGCAGCCUGUAAAGUUAAAAGCGCUAAUUCAUAGUUCCUUCCCAGCUGCCUUAUGUAGCUCAUCACCCUGCUUAUCAAUCUCUUUGAUGAGCAUUAUUAACUAAAAUAUGAAGUUUAAAAACAGAAGCAAAUUUGUCUUAAAGUUUUUUCUUAAGUAAAUCAUUAACAUAUUACAAAUAUUCUAUGCAAACUUGGCUCCUGCUAUUAUCCAUGAAGCUCAGGAAAUCCAAAUAUUUGUAUUUCAACAAGGGACAGUAAACUGUAUGUUUACAGCCAAAAGAAAUGCCUCAUAGUUCUUAACCUCAAUUUUUUAAAAGUGUUUUUUUUCUCUAUAAUGUUUUUAUUGGCUCUCAAAGACAUUUUCAUAUUUAAACCCUAAAUAAGCAAAAUUGCAUUAGAUUAUAUUAACAAAGUAUUUUUAGGUAACCAUGCUUAAGACUUUUUAAAAAUAGAACUUUUUCCUCAAAGUUUUCAGCUAUAGAAAAAGUAGUUAUGUAUUCAAAUCUUAAUAUAAGCUGCCACUUAAACCCCCAGGACUUUCUGCCACAGUGCUCUCAGAACUGUAGUGCAUUUCUUAAUAUAGUAAUCCUCUUUUUACCCAUUGAAUAUUUACAAGUGUCCCAACUCAAAAAGUGGCCAUAUGUUAUCUCUGGAAGGAUUGCUAAUACUAAUCAGUUUUUUUAACUUUGAAACUAAAAAUCUUGAUAUGGUAAAAUGGUUCAUAGCAAAAAUCUUAGGGGAAAAUGUUCCUGUUCCCUUUAUUUUCAGGUUUAAAAUGUUUCUAACUUGCUUGCAGCUUCUUUUAUGGUAAUGAUCUUGAGGGAAAAAAUAAUAUAAUUUUCAUAUGAAGUUAAAAGUAGAGGCCUACUCUGACAGGGACCACAUACUGCAGAGAUCCCUGAACUCAGGGGUACUUGGCUCAACUGGAUGUUAAUCUGUAUUGGAUGAGGACCAAUGAAAGAAAAACAAAAA